AUGGCUGAAAAAUGUUAUAUCGAAAGUGAUGUUCAACCAACCGAAAGCCCUGAUUUUCCAACUUUUUUCGGAAUUGCUACUGAAAUUUUUUAUAGUAUGAUCAAAAUGCCAGAUGAAGAAACUAGUAAAGUUAGUUAGUUUUUGCAAAAUAUUCUUCUCAUGAUUCAGAAUUUUCAGAAAAUACGCGAUUUUUUGAUGGGAAAAUCAAGUGAUACAAUAGGAGAUGUUAUAAAUCAAAUGAUAUUUUCUCAAAAUGGCCCAACUAUUUUCUGGAGUUCCGGUUUCUUUCUAUUAUUUUCCUCGAUUAUUUUAUUGAUUACAACAAUUGUUAUUCAAUAUUUUCUUUGUGGAUGUGAACCAGAAAAACCAAAAAGAUAUGAGACGAGAUUUACAAGUGGAUAUAAUUUGAUUGCAUAUCUUCUGGUUUCUUCCUUCUUUAUUUCAGUAUUUGCUAUUACUUAUGAUAUUUCAAAAGUUCAUUUGACAAUUGAAAUUGAAAAUGGAGGCGGAUAUUUGGAUGAAGUAUCUAAUAGUUAGUUUUUGUGAAGCGGUAGACGCGGAAUUCUUGCGAAAAAAGUGAAAAAAAAAUCAAUAAAUGCAGCACAACAUUUUAGGCUAAUGAUAGAAUGCAAUAGGGUGAGAGGAAGAGAUUUAGAGAAAAACAUAAAAGAAUUCACGUUUUGUUGAUUAUUCGCGUGAACUCUUGUCGCCUCGCUUCAUUUUUCAAAAAACAAAGAAAAAUAAUACAUGUGUGUAUAGCGCUUGGCCAUUUGUUUGAUCAAUGUCGGCAAUACGUUUGAACGACCUCUCAGAAAAUGUUCGAAAAAAUGGAGUUUUUGUUCUCAUUUGAGCACGUUUGCCCACUAAAAACGUAUGUUUUCUCUAGAAUCUCUCUCCUCUCAUCCAAUUGCGUUUCGGAACGUUGUGCGCAGAGGGACUAGGAAUUCGCGAGGAGUAAACCUAGUCCCCCGGUUUUUUUCGAUUUUCCUUGUUGAAAUAAAAAUCUGCUAUUUAUUUUCAGAGCUCGAAAAAGUUCUAAAAGAUGGAGCGACUCAAUUGGAAUGUGAAACCAGCAAAUAUAUUGAGAAUAAUUUUGGGAAAUUCGAUGAUUUGAAGAAAGAUCUAACAAAGAGAAUUGUCAAUAAAACAAUGCAUGAUAUGGGUUGGCCAGAAUUUCGUGAUGUAAAUAAGUUUGAUUCUCAAUUUUUAUAUAAAAUCUAUGUUACAGUUCAAAACCGAAAACUAUACCAAGAAUCUCAAUUAUGCUAUCGCGAUCGGUCCGAAUAUCGGACAAUCGCCUUCGUCAAAGUGUCAACAUACAUUUGGGCUUAUCGAAAAUAUAACCACGAAUCUGAAAGACUUAUUGAACCUUACACAAAGUGUGAAUGCUAAAAAGCCUGAAAUAGCUAAAAAUAUCGAAAUUUUUCAAUCACCACUUCAAGAAAUUGAAGAUGAAACUAGUAAGCAAAUGAUUCAUGCGAAACGAAGUAUCAAAAAUAUAUUUAUUAUUUUUCAUGUGAGUUUUUGAACUUCAACUGAAUUCUAGAGACAAAUCGUGUUCCAGGAAAUGAUCAAAAAAUCCAAAGUUACUGUGAAAAAAUGGAUGGAUUUGGUGAAAGCAGAAAGAAAGGAUUUUGUUGAGGUAGAAUUUUGAAUCAGAAUUAUAUUUCAAAAAAAAUUCAUAAGUAAGAUUUUUAGGGUUUCGCCUAUUCAUUUACCAAAUAUUUCACCGGAAUUCUAAUAAAUGUUAUUUCAUUGCUCACAAUAAUUUGUUCAAUGGCUGCAGCAUAUUUAAUUCAUAAUCGACUUCGAAAUGAAAAAUGGAUGAAAAAAUAUGUGAAAUUUAUACUUAUCGGAUUCUAUAUCGCAAUAGUUUUCACAAUUUUCCUAUUCAUUUUCUGGAUUUUCGCAUUUUUGGGAGGAUGGAUGAUUUCAACAAUUUGUUUGCCGAUUUUUGAAGAAGAUCAAUAUGAAUUCUACAAGGGGAUUAAUUUCAAAUCACCGAAAUUUCGAAAAGAAGUUGCGCAAAUAAAUGCUGGGUAUUUCUAUAACUUUUACAUAGAACAGCUUUUCAAAUUCAAAAUAUUUUCAGACAAUUCCUUCGUAGAUGUAAUUCUCCUCAAACUACAACAUUUUUCGCAAUUCGAGGAUUUGAAUUCUUCUCAGCAACUCAUGUCAAAAAACAAUUCGAAAUUGUUCACAACCUAAACGUGGCUAAAUAUGCGCUAAGAAACUUGAGACCAAAAAUGGUUGACGUUCCAAUUGAAACUGCCAAUUGGCAUUUUAAACAACUCAAAGAGAAUUAUAAGAACUUAACAGAACUUAUAAAUGGCACUGAUUGUUCACAAGUUGAAUAUCUAUCCAUGCUCGAUAAAAUUAUUUCGUAUGGUGAAAAAUAUGUGAAUUUGACGGAUGGUUAUAAAAUUGGAAAUAUUACUGAAAUAUUUUCCGAGAAUAAUCAGGAGGUAUUCGAACCUUUAAGAGUUGCAAUUUCAGAUUCCAGUGAUUUACUUAUUGUAAGUUUAUUUUAAACACAUGGAACUAAUUUGCUUUAUAUAUACCUCAAUAUUUUUCCAGCACAAUCUUCAAUACAAUAAUUUCAAAUGCGGUCCAUUUGUCCAUAUUCUCAAUACCUUUGGAACCUAUUUUUGCGAAUAUUUGGGUCAACCAAUGCAUGCAUUUUCUGCUUCUCUAUUCCUACUUAGCCUAACUUUUCUCCUAAAUUCCAUUUCGCUUCUUUUGGCUUAUCGUUGGUUGAGUAAACCGGAUUUUGAGUUUGCGAAAUAUGAAACGGUAUGUUCCUUUAAUGGGCCUAUAAUAUUAUCGAAAAUCUCAUCGGUACCACGUGAAAUAAACACGCAACGCAGACCGCGCCGCGCUACAACACACACAAAUAAGGGAACGAUUCAAAUUCCCUCCCUUUUUGUGUGUGUUGUGGCGCGGCGCGGUCUGCGUUGCGUGUGGUUCGAUGAUAUUUUGUAAUAAAAAAACAUAUUUUUCCUAUGCAGAAAAACGUCGGGUAGAGACAACGUGAAAUUGAGAGAGUGCAGACAGUUUUUUGUAUUUUUUGUGCGAAAAAUCAAGUCUGCACUCUCUCAAUUUCACAUUGUCUCUAUUUUUCUUGUGAAUAGGAAAAAUAUGUUUUUUUAUUACAAAAUAUUAAAAUAUUGAUUUAUUUUCAGUCACCUGCCAACCCAAAUCAUAAAAUUGUUUCUGGCGAAGAAGAACCUGUCAAUAAUACAAAAACACCAGAAUCUGAAGAGAAAAAGAAGAGAAAUUCGAAAUCACCAAGUUCAUAG